AUGAAUCCCUCUGAGCCUCCGAGUCACCGAUGGGAGGUUGACGGGCCAAGCGCGCCGUUUCCCUACAUCCCCGGCUUCUCCAUCGAAAUCCGCCCCUGCACGUCACCCACCGCGUCUGAGAUACAGACGCAACUGCAUGCCGAAGAGUCUCUCAAAGCCAGAUACCCUCCGGGCACCCACAAAAUCUCAGCAAUCGAAUACUGCAUCGCACAACCGUACUGCGAGCUGGAGACCAGCCACCAGCCCCGGGGACACACCCUGCACGUGGACUCGAUCACCACGCGCCCGGCCAGCGACAUCUGGUGGAAUAAGGUACAGUGCCACCUAGACGACGAUAGGGAGUCAAAGUACACAGCCAAGAUCUACGACCCGGUUUAUGCCAGCGAUGUGACGUGGGCUCACGCAGUCGCCAAUGACAGCUUCAACAACGAAGUAGAUGCCUUCUUCUCAGGAGCAUGGAUGAUGGACGUUGCCGUGCCGUCCAAAGACUUUGGAGGCGUGGAUCAUGUGACCACCAGGCCGGUCCCGCUGCUUCUGUUCGAAGCCGUCGAGGCAGCUAACCUGGCGACUACAUAUUUUCGGUACUAUUACACCAGUGGCUACAUGGAGCCUCAACCCCAUCUCCCUCAGGCCUGGAGACACGAGGUCCUAGCCAAGAUCUAUGAAGCCAGGGCUCUCCUUGCUCACGCAGGAGUGCAUGCUGAAGUUGCACCGGACGGUAUCUUCGUUGGGACCAAUGGGCUGGAAGAUGGGAGACUCGAUGUCAGGGUGUCCAUCGCAAAUUUCGAAAGAGCCUGUAUCUCUGAACUCGGAAAGCGCACAGGAGAAAGGCCGGAACAGCCGGUGUCGCCUAUCGAGACGUGCUGGGACGAAGUGAAAUAUGGCCUACAGCGGCUUGCGUGGGAUGAGUGGAAGCGGCGGGAAGAUUUGAAAUACUACCGCCAGUGGCUUGUGCAAAGAUGGGGCGAGUCGACUGAAUAUCGGCCGCUGCCUGAGGAUCUGCGGAAACGAAUCGCUUGUGGUAAAUGGGAAGAAGCGUCGACAUAG